CCAGUGACCAUUAUCAUCUACUACUCCACGAAAGAAGACAUCUAGAAAAAACGCCCUUCUCUAAAUCCGAACUGAGAAAGUGAUCUCCAUCGACGACAACAAGAACAACCUCACUCUCCCACUCCGCAGACCUUGAAACUACACCCACAAAAGUGGACCUGCCUCCAAAAAGAGCCCAACCUUGGACGUUGUUUUCCAAUUGUUAAAUUGCUUUUAAAAAAUCUCUCAAACAAAGCCUCACCUCCCCAGGCGAACAAAAUCCGAAAGUUUAGUCCAAUUUUUUGCAAGAUCCGUUCACAGACCGUGGCCUCGACAGACUCUAACUAGGUGGAAUCCGUGACCUUCUUGUGUGAGACUUCUUGCUUUGAACCUAUCGUUGACACCUCUUCUCCACCUAAUCAUCAUGGCCUACCGCUCUCAAAACCCUCAAUUCUCUUCUUUCAACCCCUCCGCUCGCAAGCAAAACGCUGGCGGAGAAGGGCCAAAUGCCCCUCGCCAGGGCAACGGCCAAACCCAUGGCACUGGGAACGCAAACCGCAGACAGGGUCCGGACCCUCGCUGCAACCAAGGAAACGUCAAGUGGAACGCCUCUGCUGGCCCGAGACAAACACCCACUUGGAGGGGAGCUCGUGGCCAGUACGCCUACCCUCCUCCAGAGUAUAGCUCCAAAGGCUCCCUAAUUCCUAAUUCUGGCCCUGGCCAAGGCCCAAAAAACCACUACCCUAAAAACACAAACAACCGCUAUAAAAAGGGCGUAAGCCCUCGAAACAACCCUAUCCCCGCCGCCCCCCGGGGUCUUGACUUUGACAACGAUUCCACCAUGACUGGAAUGCCAUUCAUCUACACCAAGAAGCAGUGGCGGCGUAUCCAAUAUAUGCGCCAUCUGCGUGACACCCACCAAUAUCGAAAACUCCACUACGAACUCGGGCAUACCGAUUCAGAUGUCUCGGCCAUGGACAUGGAUGCUCCCUCCUCCCCAGAUGCUCCUGUCUUCGAGGCCCCUCGUCAACCCUAUUCUGAUAUUGAUAUGCUCGAUGUUCCCGACAACUUCUAAACUCCUCCACGAUCCUCCACCACGAGAAGGUAUGAUCCCAC